AUGAGUAAUCGAACACAAAUAACAGAAUUAGAGCUUAGAGAUUUACUUUCACGUCAUAGAAUCCCAUCAUUUGACUUUGAAACUUUCUUAGGCAAGAAAUAUAAAUCUACCAAGAUUGCAAUUGCUGUAUCAGGAGGAGGAUUCAGAUCUAUGCUCUUAAGUGCUGGUGUUUUGUCUGCAUAUGAUUUGAGAACACCAAAUGCAACUGAUAAUUUGGGUGGCCUAUUACAAGCCACAUCAUAUAUAGGAGGUAUAUCAGGUGGGUCGUGGUUGGUUAUGAGUAAUUUCAUUGGGGAUUUUCAACCAAUUUAUAAGGUUAAAGAUGAUAAUAAAGGAUGGAGUUUGGAUAAACAAUUACUUGAGGGUAUUCCAAGUUUUGAUCCUGGAACUUUUCAAAACAACAUUGUGAUAGAUCCACCUUUAGAAACCACUCCUGUCAUGCAGGUAACUGAUGCAUCCAACGAACCUAAAAUUGAAAAGGAUUUUAAAGGAAAUUUUAUCAGUGGAUUUCUAGGCUGGUUUGGAAUUAAAACAAAUUCAGUUAAAGGCGAUAAGCCGCAGAAUUCUGAAGACGAAGUUCAAGAGUUAUCUAAAAGUAAGGGAAAUUCUACUAAUAUUGAAGCAUACUUCGUCACACUAAUUAAGUCACUAUUCUCUAAGAAUAACACCACAACUAAAGGAGUUAAAGUAGUGAAAAAUAUCUCUUUAAAGGAAAUAUUUUCAUACUACAAAGAACUUCAGAUAGAAGUUCGGGAUAAAAGAAAAGCUGGUUUCCAUAUCUCGUUAACUGAUUAUUGGGGUCGGGCCCUAGCUAGAAGAAUAUUUUCAUCAACUGCUCGAACACCAGGAGCUACUUUAUCCGCUGGUACAUUAUUGCCAUCAUUUCAAAAAUGGCAACAGCCGUUUCCUAUAAUCUGUUCAGUAGAAAGAAGUCCCCAUACUACAGAAUCCAGUAAAGAUUCCCACCUUUUUGAAUUUACACCUUACGAGUUCGGGUCUUGGGAUUCAUAUCUUAAUGCUUUUAUACCUAUUAAAUAUCUCGGUUCAAGUUUAAAUGCGGGCUACUCGAUUCAUAAAACUGAAAAUGAAAAUAUUUCAAUAUGUAUAUCGGGGUUUGAUAGUGUUUCAUUUGUGACAGGCACUAGUUCUUCGUUGUUUAAUCAUGUUUUUGUAUAUCUUUACAAGUUCUUGAUCGAUAUGAAACUGGAUGCAACAGUAGCUUUAGAAGCAAUUCUUAAAGUUUUUGGAUUAAGUGCACAAUACAAAGAUUUGAAUAAUCCAAGAGUUCACCCUGAUUAUGCCUUAUACUCACCGAAUCCAUUUUACGGUUUGAAAAGUAGAACUUCAAAAGGAAUGAGAUUGACUGAAAGUACUGAUAUUUACUUAGUCGAUGGUGGUGAUGAUGGACAGAAUAUUCCAUUGCAUCCAUUUCUUAGACGUUCUAGAGAAGUUGAUUUAAUUUUAUCCUUUGACAUGACUGCUGACAAGGACAAUUAUCCAAAUGGAACUACAAUCCAAGCAACGGUUGAGAGGUAUCAUAAUAAUAAUUCACAAAUAUUGCUACCUUAUUUUACACUUACUGAAAGUGUUGAUUUAAAUAAUUUCACAAAAAGUUAUAAUUCAACAAAAGUUGUGAAAUCAGUUUUACCAUAUUUCCCAACACCAGAUGUUGUGAUUGCAAAUGGUUUAAAUCAAAGACCAAUAUUUCUAGGAUGUGAUCUUAGAAAUGAUUAUCCUAAUCUAAACCUAAAUUCAAACAUAUCCUUAAGCGUGGUAUCAGCUGAUCAUUAUCUUUCUUCAACCAAUGAUGACUUUCUUCCACCGUUGAUAGUACAUACUUCAAAUGCUCCAUAUACAUACCAAUCCAAUACUUCAACUUUUCAAUUAAGUUAUGAAUUCGACGAAGUUAAUAAAAUGAUUGACAAUGGCUACAAUCUUGCAACCUUCAUGAAUUCUACUUAUUAUAACGUCUGCAUUAACUGUGCCAUAUUAAAACGAGAAUUUGAUAGAAUUGAGUUAAAUCUAAAUCAAAACUAUUUAGGUGCAAAUUUUUCAAUUCCGAGUGUCUGCCGCACGUGCUUUAGAGAAUUUUGCUGGCACCGUUAG